CAUGGGUCUUCUUCAUUAGGACGAAGAUCAAGUACACCAGCAAUUCCAUGUCACAUCUCACCGAAGUAUGCACAUGUACUGUACAAAUGGAAAAGAAGGUUUUGUCCUUAGGGAAGCGACGCAUGCCACAGAAAAGAAGGAUAGCGAUUUGGUAAAGGGUCUGGAGCGAAUGAAUGCCUGGUUGGCGUGGAGAUGGAUAUGCUUUAUUUGUCUGACCGCUGUUAUGUAUGGCGCUGUACGGAGUACAAUCCUUUCGUAGAACACCCAACAAGACAGUAUAAGAUCCGUACCACUCACUACAUUCGUUCUGUAUGAUGUUUCGCUAUUCCAAGAUAAUUCCUUCAUUUAUUGUUCCGUUAAAAUUUUCUUUACCCUCUUUGACGCCCUCGCCAUUGAGCAUUUGUCGCUCCCUGAAGAGUCGUUUUGGCAUGGCGGCCUGCCUAUCGUCAUCCACAACGGGCGCUGACGGCAACCAAAAAGUUCGCUAUUAUGAGUAUAAAUGUAUCUAUGGAGUGGAACACCUUGAAAAGUACGAGCCUGGUGGAUAUCAUCCAUUGAUGAUUGGAGAUAUUCUCCACAAUCGAUACAAGAUCGUAACCAAACUCGGCUUCGGUGGUUUUUCUACUGUUUGGCUGGCCCUUGACGCUUCGAAGAAACAAUAUGUCGCUCUCAAAGUUGGUGUAGCAGAUCAGGAUCAGCCGCGGCACGAGAGUGAAACCCUCCAUAAACUUUCGAAUGCUGCUUCGUCCGUUUCUAGAGCACAUCCAGGCCACCGCUUAAUCCCAGCUAUCCUGGACGAAUUCGUUGUUGAUGGCCCGAAUGGGAGACAUCCGUGCUAUACGACUCUCCCUGCGCGAUGUGACCUUGGAGACGCUGCGUAUGGCUAUGUUUUCCCACUGCAAACGGUGAGAGCUUUAGCUGCUGGGAUUACGCAGGCUCUUGCGUACAUGCACUCUCGAGGAUUUAUACAUGGAGAUGUACAUAUUCGGAAUAUCCUUGUAAAAACUUCACCAAAGCUCGACUCUCUCUCUAUUGAGGACUUUUACAAACAAUAUGGAGAGCCUAACCUUACCCCUGUUGAACAUCGUGAUGGAAAGUCCCUUCCACCAAAUAUCCCAUCAAUGGCAGUCACACCGAUAUAUAUUGGCCGAAUAACUGCAGACCAGUUUACCCUCACUGAUGCCAGAGUAAUGCUAAGUGACUUCGGCGAGGCAUUUUCUCCAGCGUCCCAUCAUCGCCAGGCACAGGAUAGCCACACUCCUCUCGGCACACGACCACCAGAGGCCAGAUUCGAGCCUUGUAACCCUUUAUCAUACGCUGCUGAUAUCUGGUCUUUGGGCCUGCUCAUCUGGCGAAUCCUCGGACUCAAGUCGCUCUUUACCACCGAGUUCCCUUGUCCAGAUGAACUUGUGUCACAAUAUAUCGACGUUCUGCGCCCUGGACCCGACGGCAUCGAUAUGCCAGAGAGCUGGUGGCGACAAUGGGACGGCCGCGAUAAGUUCUUUGACAAUAAUCGGGAACCGAUACCAAAUAGAGAAAUAUGGCCAUCUCUUGAGACUGGUUUUGACCACCAGGUUCAGUAUUGGCGUCGGAAGGAUCAGAUGGGGGAGUUCGGGGAUGAUGAGAGACGGGCCAUUUUAGAUCUGCUACGCCAAAUGCUGAAGUUUAUUCCUGCAGAGAGAGCAACGGCUGAACAAGUAUUAGAGUCAGAAUGGAUGGUCAAAUGGGCGCUACCUGAUUUCCAAAGAUCAUAUUUGGACGAAUAGAUGGCUUUUCAAUCACAGUUUGGUUACUGAAGAUAAUAUUGCAUCUCGUUACAACGAUAAGAAACUUAGUAUGAUGACAUUCAACGCAUCAAACACGAAUGAAUACCCGCAGGAGUCGCAGCCUUAAGACGCGAAGCCAUAACCAUAGCCUUACGGUGCAUCCGUAUAUUGGGAGUGCGAUUUAGUCGAAAUCGCCCUGUAGGCUAUUCUGUAUUAGGAAGAGUGUUAGAGUAGGAGACUGGGGCAAUGUACCGGGGCCGGUAACGAAGAGUGCUGCUUCCUUUCUUCUUUCGUCUAGACCUGCUUGAUAUUCCUCUUCUCUAUACACUCUGAUGUGUGCG